AGGCCGAGGGGAUGUCGGUUUGGUUUGAGUGAGCGCGCAUGCGCGCGCCCCUGUGGCGGCCUCCUCGGAUUGGUCGGAGCUGGCCUUAGCGAGGCCGCCGGGGCGGGUCCGUCGGAGCAGAGACGCUGAGGCGUUCGGGGACCCGGCGGGGUUGCGGAGCAGGUAGCGGAGCCGGAGGCAGGUGGCUUCCGGAGGCCUGGCCGCCGCCUUCUCCUUCCGGGAUAGCGGCCCCGGGGACCUUCUGGUCGCAGCCACCUGGAAAAGUCCCGAACAGUUUCUCAAUUUGGAAUUAGUUAGUCCAAAGGAAGAAAAUAUUCUUUCUACACGGGCAGAAGAAGCUACAGCUGUUAAAAGUGAGAUUAUCACUUCAACAGUCUCUGAAUCUAAGGAAUGAUUGAGGAGAGUGGGAAGAGGAGAAGGACAAUGACAGAGAAGAGACAGCUAUUCAUGGAAAUGAGGGCUCAGAAUUUUGAUGUCAUCAGACUUUCAACAUAUCGGACUGCCUGCAAACUGAGAUUUGUGCAGAAAAGAUGUAAUCUUCAUCUUGUUGAUAUCUGGAAUAUGAUUGAAGCCUUCCGAGACAAUGGCCUUAAUACAUUGGAUCACAACACAGAGAUCAGUGUUUCUCGACUGGAAACGAUAAUUUCAUCCAUCUACUACCAGCUAAAUAAACGCCUUCCUUCUACUCACCAGAUCAGUGUGGAGCAAUCCAUCAGCCUUCUCCUCAACUUCAUGAUAGCUGCAUAUGACAGUGAGGGCCAUGGGAAGUUGACAGUGUUUUCAGUUAAAGCUAUGUUAGCAACCAUGUGUGGUGGGAAAAUACAAGACAAACUAAGAUAUAUUUUCUCCCAAAUGUCAGAUUCCAAUGGAUUGAUGAUAUUUACAAAGUUUGAUCAGUUUUUGAGAGAAGUUUUAAAACUUCCAACAGCUGUAUUUGAAGGGCCUUCUUUUGGAUACACAGAACAUUCCGUACGGACAUGUUUCCCACAACAAAAAAAGAUAAUGCUAAAUAUGUUUUUAGACACAUUGAUGGUUGAUCCACCCCCUCAGUGCCUUGUGUGGUUACCUCUCAUGCACAGACUUGCACAUGUAGAAAAUGUCUUCCAUCCUGUGGAAUGUUCAUAUUGUCGGUGUGAGAGCAUGAUGGGUUUCCGGUACCGAUGCCAGCAGUGCCACAACUACCAGCUCUGUCAAAACUGUUUUUGGCGUGGCCAUGCAAAUGGCCCUCAUAGCAACCAACAUCAGAUGAAGGAGCAUUCCUCUUGGAAAUCGCCUGCCAAGAAGCUGAGCCAUGCAAUUAGUAAAUCUCUUGGUUGUGUGCCCACUAGAGAACCACCUCAUCCUGUCUUUCCUGAACAGCCAGAGAAGCCACUUGAUCUUGCUCAUAUCGUUCCUCCUCGACCUCUGACCAACAUGAACGACACCAUGGUUACCCAUAUGUCCUCCGGAGCACCCUCCCCAACAAAAAGGUUGCAGUACAGACUGGACACUGCCAAUCGUUUAGCUGAUGAGCAUGCACUGAUAGCAACAUAUGUGAGCCGGCUACAGAACGGUACACGUGUUUUGGACAGCCCUAGCAGACUUGAUGAGGAGCACAGACUCAUUGCCCGAUAUGCUGCCAGGCUGGCUGCAGAAGCUGGAAAUGCACCACGCCCACCAACAGACCUGGGUUUUAAUUUUGAUGCCAAUAAACAACAAAGACAGCUGAUAGCCGAACUGGAAAACAAAAACAGAGAGAUACUGCAAGAAAUUCAGCGCCUCAGACUGGAGCAUGAACAAGCCUCCCAGCCAACCCCAGAGAAAGCUCAGCAGAACCCAACUUUGCUGGCAGAACUCAGGCUUCUACGGCAGAGAAAGGAUGAACUAGAACAGAGAAUGUCUGCACUUCAAGAGAGCAGAAGGGAACUGAUGGUGCAGCUUGAAGGGCUAAUGAAACUGCUCAAGGAAGAAGAGCAAAAGCAGGCAGCUCAAGCAGCAAGCUCCCCACACUCCUCACCUACCCAUGGAACCAGUCGCCCAAUGCCAAUGCCUGUCAGAGCCACUUCCGCUGGCUCUACCCCAACUCACGUACCUCAGGACUCACUUGCAGGAGUCGGGGGAGAUGUGCAGGAAGCUUUUACACAAGGUACACGAAGAAACCUCCGUAAUGAUUUAUUGGUAGCAGCUGAUUCAAUUACAAAUACAAUGUCUUCUUUGGUGAAGGAACUUCAUUCAGCAGAGGAAGUAGGUGAAGAAGAAGAGGAAAAGAUGCAGAAUGGAAAGGACAGAGGCUACCUUAGAUGCACCCAAGUCCCUGCACCAUCCAGCCCCUGUCACUGGACACUCACAGAAAUUACCAGGUUAGAGGGAAGAACCCAGACUGCACAGUAAUUCAAGCACAGAGGGUUAUGAAGCGAGCUCAUGUUCUAACGAAGUCUCCACAUCCUUUGGAAGAGGCAUGUUUCAGCCGAUACAUACACCAUUGUGCAACUGUGAAAGAUCACGGCCAACCACCUGCUGUAAGGGAAGGGAAAGCAGCUUUCUUUUAACUGACUGAAGGGCUUUUCCUCCCUCUGAGACUAUUGCAUGUACUAUUUUCAUAGGUGUUUGCCAAUGCUAAUCGGACAAUGCCCCAUCAAAAAUUCAACAAAACGUUUUUAUGGGAGAUUUCAAAAGAAAACUGUUCUCUUGUAAAGUGCACUGAUCUCUUCUGAUUUCCUACCUAAGCAGUGUCAUCUCAUCAUGCGCUGGUGGUUUCACUCGUGACCUUUGACUUUGGAUGUGCAUGUAAAAUGGAUUUUAAACCAUUUGAGUUUUGCUGUGUGUAAUACAAAGGGAACUCUGAGUCCAGAUCCUUUAAAAACACACACUUUCUAAAAAUACCACUCUUGUCUAUUAAUGUUUGGUUGCCAUAGUGUUUGAUACUGCAUGUCAUUCUGAGAGUAAAUGACAGGGCAUGCCAAGAGUAGAGGAAUGCAGAGCAAGGAGGGGGGAAUGGCUGUAAUUAGGACCAUAAAACUUGGAUGAGAUGCCUCCUGGGGAUUCCCAACUCUGUGUAUUUUUCUUUUAGACUCUGUUAAAAAUUACUUGAAUAGUUCUUGGCAAGCAGGGGAGUUCAGGGAUGACCACUGCUUGGUUCAGAUUAGUGCCUGCACAUUCAUUUGCAAGAAGCAAGUAUAUUUGUAUUUAAAUUGAAGGAGAAAUAACAAAGUUGUAUAGUCAGAGGUUUGAAACUCACCACUACCUGGAUCCUUGCUAGACUCUCUAGUUUUGUAGCUACUUAGAAAACAUUGUAAUCAGUUCCAAUCACUAGUGAUUUUAUUUUAUUUUUUCUUGGUGCUUAGGAAUGUUAUUUUUAGCAGAAGAGCUGAGUGCCCUAAUGCAUCUAUAAAUAUUUAUCAAGGGCGAUGAAUGGAAUGGAGUGAUAAACCCUGAAACCAGCUCUCAGCUUUGCUCCCUGUCUCAUCUGAGAUGCAACGUUGGUUCUUGGAGGAAAGUGCUCGUUAGGUACCUAUAACUCUUUGGGGGAGAGAAGAUAAACAUACAUGGUGGCCACAGGUUUCGUCAAAUAUAAAUAUUGUGAAUGAGCUGUCAAGAAGGAAAGAAAAGUGAGGUUAAUCUGGUUCAGUGUGUUAGCUUUAGCCUGCCAAACACCACGCACUUGGGAGGGUUCGUGGCUGUCUUUGUUAGGGUGACCAGGCAGCAAGUGUGAAAAAUCGGGACGGGGAUGGGGAGUAAUAGGAGCCUAUAUAAGAAAAAGACCCAAAAAUCCGGACUGUUCCUAUAAAAUUGGGACAUCUGGUCACCCUAGUCUUUGUACACGUUUUCAGUAUGAUUAGCUGAAUCAUUACCCAGACAUUACUCUGUUUGCAGCUGUACAGAUGCAAGAAGGGGAUUUGUGUUCCUGAAUUUUAAAGGAUGAAAGUUUUGCUAGUGGCCGGCUCCAGGGCCUGCUGAUAUAGACAGGAGGCCAUCGUGGUUAGAGAUAUUGUGGCUGUAGCUUCAUCAUAUCUUCACUGUGGACCCUCUUUUUUGUCCUUGAUUUUCAUGCACGUCUUCCCCUACUUACCACCCUGAUGCCCAAGGUCUGGUUGGUAAAAUGCUGGCAUUGUUCCAGCUGUAAAUGGACCAGCAACAGCAUAGAGUACCUGGGAUCUCUGUCUCACCCACCAAGCCUGCUUUUAGAGAGGCAAAGAUCCUCUUGACAUUUAACUUCAAUAACCACAGCCAACGCUGUGUGCAGAAAUCUGUGUGGAAGGAAAUAUGAAUUGUGAACUAGACUAGGCCUUGGGGGAUGCUGAAGAUGAACUGGAAACACUCAGUAUGUGGAACAGUACAUCUGGGAGAGGAAUAGAUGAAAGUUUUGCCUUUUGGUCUUUCCAAAUGAAAACAUAUGUUUUUCUCCCCUAAAUGCCAAUAAUCUGGGUCAGAGUUAUAGUGGAAGAGGAGACACUGUUCAUGACCCAGUGACUAUGAUCUACAGCUUUUCUAGCGAGACAAGGUGGGGGAGGGGAUAUCUUUUAUUGGACCGACUUCUGCUGGGGAGAGAGACAAGCUUUCAAGUUAGUACCACACCUACCUUGUCUAAUAUUCUGGGACCAGCAUGGCUACAACAACCGUGCAUAUUGCAGCUUUUCUGUCACGUGAUUACAACGUGAAAGCAAGCUACAUGGACAGACCAAAUAGCUGCUCAUUCUUUUUUUAAGUUUUUCGUAUUUGUUCAUUUUCCAACGCCUCACUUUUGUUGCCACCAUUAGUCUAAUAUUUAGAGGCUAAAACUUCCACUGUAUCUGCUCGUUUUUGCAGCUCUUGGAGGUAAAGACACUUCUCCCUACAAGAAAGGGAAUAUCUGUCCCUAUAGGCUGUCUGCGCUGUAACAGAUCUACAUGACAGUGGCUAAAACAGCAGUGGUUACCACCACCUUUUCUGCACUGGGGCUCUCACCAGUAGAGCUGAACCAGUGGUAACUGUGGUGGGAAAUAUCCUAGUGCAGAUAAGGCCCCAGUGUCUGCAAGUUGGGAGCAGAGGUAAUUGUAGUAUGAUGAUGGUGAUGCUACAUUUCUAUAGCACUCUCCAUCCCGAAGGACAGUCAGGUGCGUUGAUUACAGAUUAUAGAUAUUGAGAGGUCGUUGUAACCCCCCAGCAGUGGAAUAGCCAUUUCACAGCACAGAGCAGCACCACCAGAACCAAAUGCACAUUGUUAGUUUUGUUGUUUUCUGCUUACUAUAAAAGGAGGAGCAUUUCCUCUCUCAAAGUUCCAGGAAGCUAAUUACCCUUGCCCACAAGCAUUACAAUACUAUGAUCACGUCUUAGCCUGUUGUAAGCUCAGCUAAGGAACCUGUGGAAGCAUUUUCUGUAUCAGACUAUUGGAGAGUUUGCUUAUUCUUCUCUUUAUGCUGAACUCUGUGAUUGAAUAGGCAAGUUCCACUGUGCAGUGAAACAUUUCUGUUGCAUCUGCUUUUUGUUCAUAUAACUCUUGACAGGAUCAAUGGGCUUUUACAGCCAGAGACAGUGCAUAGUCUGUGUAUAUGAAAUGUGACCCUGUGUGCCAUGGUUCUGGAUUACCUCACCCACAGUGCCAUAUAUUUUAGUCUACAAAGUGUUCAGUAAAUGCUUCGUAUUAUUGUAAUGAGGGGGUCUGGAGGGUGCUUUGCAGUGAUACUGUAAGCCUGUCUUACCUGAUGUGAUACCGAGAGGAUGUCCUUGGUUUACCUGACCACCUCUUGCACAGAAGCUAUUUGUGUGUCACUCUCAUGCUAGAGUCGCUGGGAAAAAAAAGGCUUUUUUCCCCAAGCACUUUACAAUGUUAAUAUGCCCUGCAAGAAGGAAUAGUGAAUGGGGAAUUAAAUGUCAGGGAGCAGAGAGCCAGUGGAUCAUAUACAAACUCCAAGACCAUUUCCCCAUAUGUGAUCAUUCAGGCCUAAACUUCAGUUACAUUUGUCCUCAUUAACCUGGUACACUCCCGAGAGCUUCACUCUGCCAUUUUCCCUGAGUAAAGAACAAGGUGGCAAUCCAGCCUUAUCCUGUUGCCAUAGUGCUGCUAGGGAGCACAAGCCAGCAAUUCCUGAAGAGAACAUGGUGAGGGGGCUGCAGAGUGACCCUGUGGUAUUGCCGGCUGUCGUGCCCUGUCUUUGGGUGGAACUGGAGUUCUGCUUCCCACUCACUGCUACUCAGUACUGAUACCUUUGGUGAGCCCCUCCUAGCCACCUUCCAACCACUUUGUUCUCCCUUCACUCUGCCAUGGAGCUGAGACUGCUCCAAAUGCCCGUCACCUGAUGGCAAGAGGAGCACAGGCUCAGGGGAAGGAGGAAGGCACAGACCCGUACAGCUAAGCUUUGAAUGUUACUAAAUGGGUAUCAUUGCCCAGAGCUUUUAGGAACCCCUGCAGCAUGUCAUAGUGAGAUAACUUAUGUCAGGGCUUGUAUGUGCGGCAAGUUACUCUGCAGCAAGCCACAUGUGAAUCUACAGCCCACCAGCUUGCCGCACUCAAGGCUUCAGUGCAGUAAAAGUCCUGUGCUGGAGCAGUGCCCACAGCGAACGUUUCUAUGCAGCAAGCUGGAGUGCUGUAGAUUCGCACCCCGGCUUGCCAUGCAGUAACUUGCUGUGUAGACAAGCCCUUGGUGAGCACAGCGUAAUUCCUGUGUCGUGACACCUGUGAUAGCUCCUCACUCCGCAAUGCAGAGCACUUGCUGUGGUGACACGACAUGACAUUGUAUGGAAGAAAAUCACUCACACACGUUAACGUUGGAAACUCUGCUUAUAAACUAUUGUUUGCCUUGCAAUAACUGCCUUAAAGCCCCUGGGCUCAACAUUCCAGGCCAGGCUUUAAUAUAUUUUACCAGGCCAUCUUCUCUGGCAUUACUUUACCCCACUCUAGUCACACUUGCCCGCACACUUUAUUAAGUCUGUUUUUAACCUGUCAGCGAAAACAGCGCUUUCCUACCCAUCUGUGCUAGUCUUCACUGGACACAAAAUUUAAUCUUUGGAGCCUGGGUGAUGUUCUACUCCACCGCACCAGAACAACUCAGCCCCAGGUCAGUGGAGUAGUAGCCAUGUAACAGAGCUAAUUUUGAUCCUGUGUGUAAUAUAGCUACCCUACAGAACUCUAGCAUGCCACGUAGAUGUGGUAUUGAUACUGAUGUAAUAAACUGCAGUAAAGCGGGUAUCACCCGCACUCUGCCCUCUGGCCCGUCUCUGCUGAGAUGCCUUCAGACAUUCCACAUCCUGAGCAGCUUCAAAAGGCUGCCAUUGGAAAAAAUGCAUCAAAGAGAUGUUUCCUUUUUUCCUUCAGGUGUGGAGCUUUUUCUGCACAUGUUCCUGUACGUUUUUUCCAGGAUGUGUAAUAACAUCAGAGUCACGAGCAAAAGAUACAGGGCCUGAUAUGAAGCCCAUUGAAGUCAACAAGAGGCUUUGCAUUGCCUUCAGUAGGCUUUGAUCAGGCCCAUUAUGCAAAGCCACAUUGCUCGUUAACGUGCAGUAUUGCCGUGGCUCUGGCUAGACACCGGCUAGAUACUCGGGAGAAGAGAGGAGUUUUACAGAGAUCAUUGUCCGUCUCCAGUGAAGCUGAAUAACUGUGACCGUGUCUCAGUGACGUUUGUUGUAGAAAUGUUGGCUGUUUGUUUUGUACCCUCUUCCUGUUUCACGUCUUGGUGAGCUUUGACCAAAAUGCCUGUUUUCACACUGGAAACGGACAAAAAUUCAUAUUUUGCAGCCAUCUCUGCUCACUGCAUCCUAUUUUUUUUUGUGUUGAAAAUAGCCUUGUUUUUGCUGGGAAAAGGGCCCAUUUUUUGAGCAAAUACUGUACAAAACAGUGAAGGAGUUUUUUUGUGUGGAAGAGGGGGCAAAUGGACCCAUUCUUGUCUUCACAAUGCACUGCCAUAGGGUGGCAACAGCAGCCCUAUGGCAACCUCUGCGUGUGGUGGGGCCUUGGGCUCCCCGUCUGUACCCAAGUGCAUGUCACCUCUGCAGUCUGGCCUACUUCUGUUCUCUAAGAAAUGACCCCUCUGAAGUGCUGUAUGUAUAAAGUACAGUUUAUCCCUGCUCUGCUCUGUUUGUAAGGGAUGCUUGAACAUGCUCUUGGGGCUGAAACGUCAUUGCUGGGUGUUGGGCUAUGCCCCCAAUUCUUGUGUUUGACAUGGAUAGUGUGGUGACUUUUUAAAGAAGAGGCUGUCUCCAGUGAAGGCUCAGCCACUGUAUGUAGUAGUGCAGACUGAGGACUAUGCUAUGUGCAAACAGGUGCAGUGAAGGUGACCAGAAGGUAUGUCCACAAUGCAGAGCUGCAGCAUAAAGACAACAGCUGUGCCUAAGCGUCCCAAUUAAUUGUCGCUUGGUCUGAGGAUUGUAACUGGCUGAGAUGUGGCUUGGAGAUUAUGCCUCCCACAGGGAAGUGGAGGGAUUGCAGGGGGGAGUAGGAUGGGUGCUGUGCAUGAGGAGUAAGACUCGGUGCAUGGGCGCAGAGGAGGGGAGCCAGGUACAGACUGGGAAGGGAGGUCCCAGAGGUUCGUGUCUCUUGCCAGCCACUAGAGAUAGCUGCUCCUGACCCUGGCCCAAUCACCACAGUUCCUGUCUACUGUCCAGCCUGAUCCCAGACACUCCGAGUCCUGCUCUUGCCUUCAUCUCCCCCUGCCACAUGCAUGCAGUUUACAGAGAAGAUUGGUUCCCAGAACGAUGUGUGUGGGCAGAAAUAUAGAUCAGCCCCCACAAUGUUUCUGUUGCUAGCCCCCACCAUCCCCUGGUUCAGCUGCCCCAGAUGCCUUGUCCUUCCUGGAGAUGGGAGAGAACACCCGAACACACAGGUUUGUGUGCGCUUUGAGCACCACCUUGUCCGCUCAGCUCAGCUCAGCCAACCAGCCUGUCACAUUCAAUGAUAAAAUGUUCCAAGUUACCCGUGGAGGCUCGUACAUUGUGCUGUUUAACUAGGGAAGGAAAAUUCCUUUGGCUUUAUGCAGUGCAUCUCACUACAGGCUUAAAAAGAAAACCAUUCUCGAGCUGGGCAGAACGGUCGCCGUUCCAAGGGCAGGGAUUAGUGCAUCCCCCUCCGGCAUGGCCUGCUGUGGAGGGAGCCCUGCAGUAAAAUGUGGAACCAGUACAGCAGCAUGCGAUGUGAGUUACCAUGGAAAUGUCUAGAGAACGGCUGUCUGGGCGGGGCCUACCAUAGCAACGAUGCCGUGAGGAAAGGCAGAGCUGACGCGGCUCCCUGCACAGCAUUGCACAAGGGAACGGAACUGCUGUUUAAAACGUACCGGGUUUUGGUCCUAGCUAAACUUUUCAGCUCUGUGAUGGAAUUGUGGGUUCGUCAGCCAAUAUCACCUCGUGUUUGUUGGGGAGGUGAAUUCCCCGUUAGUCCUGGGUAGCAGAAGCUGGAGUUUCAUGACACAGCCAGCGUGGUCUGCACUGGCAGGUAGCACUGGGAGCAGCGUACUCUCAGAUGUGAGUCUCCCUCAUGCUAUUUUCUACAUAAAAUUACUGUGUCAAUGAUGUAUAACAGGAAGAAAAUUGGCUUCAGCAACUCAUACAGACUUCAGCAUAUGUGUGCUCAGUUGAUGUCCAGUUCCUUCAGAGACCCUGCCAACUUCCAGCCCCUCGAUGUAAAACAAAGCCAGGCUCAUUCACAUCCGGUCUGGUGGCCACAAGCAGAGCUGGCAGGGACCAUACCCUUUUCUUCCAUGUACUGCAUAGAAAUCUGCCUUGGGAUUCGAGACUGCUGUGGAAUGACUGUACUAUUUCAAAUUUACGUGUGACUGUGUGUGUGUAAUAAAUCCAUGUGUGUGGGUGAGUGGGUGGGUGUGAGUGCGUGUCUGUGUGGGUGUUCCAUAAAUAAAUGUUAAAAACGAGAUUCUGUCAUGUUGGGAAUGUGUCUAAUAUAAAUCUGUAAACUGGAAGCCAUGUUCUGUCAUCUGCCAAAUAUUGAAUAAAUUAGUCCCAUCCCUAUGGGGGGUCUCUUGUCUGUGAUGACCAUGGAAAAAUAUAUUUGAGAUGUACAUGGAACAGCAAAGCUGUUUUAACAUGAACUUACUGCUCCAGAAUAAAAGCAGCUGCCCAUA